CCAGAAUCAGACUCAGACGAAGAUGGACCUGUCAUGAAAAACCCUGUGGGGAAUAUUCCGAUGGAGUGGUACAAGGAUGAAAAGCAUAUUGGUUAUGAUUUGAGUGGCAAGAAGAUCUUGAGAAAGACCAAGAAAGAUGCAUUGCAGAGACAUCUAGAUCGCGCGGAUGAUCCAGAACCUUGGCGGCUGGUGUAUGAUGAAGUCAACGACGAGGAGCUUCGAUUGACCGAUGCAGAAGUGAAGCUGCUUCGACGGUUGAGAAAUGGAAAAUACGAGCCUGGUAUUGAUCCUUACGAGGAUUAUCCGGUUCCUGAGGACGACCCUGAGCUCAAGAUUUUUGGUCCAAGCGGACCCGAACCAAAGUCGAGAUUUGUCCCGUCGAAACAUGAAGCCAAGAAGAUCGUUCGAUAUGUUAGGAUGAUUCGUGCUGGAAAGCUCAAGCGAGACCCAGAUCCCCAAGAUCCUGACAAGCUAUACAACUUUGAUGUCUGGGAAAGAGAGGAUGAUGUGGUCCAUCGGGGGGCGGUCCCGAUACCUGCGCCAAAGAUGAAAUUGCCCGGACAUGCGGAAUCUUACAAUCCCUCAAAGGAGUAUCUCUUGUCUCCGGAAGAGCAAGAGGAGAUGCUGAAACAAGAUCCUUCAGAUCGACCACUGAACUUCAUUCCCCAGGCUUAUACAUCCCUGAAAAAAGUUCCUUUAUACCCUAGUCUGGUGCAAGAGCGUUUUGAAAGGUGCCUAGAUCUUUAUCUGUGCCCUAGGACAGUCAAGAAGCGUAUGAAUGUCGAUCCUCAAUCUUUGUUGCCAAAGCUUCCGAAACCUGCAGACCUCAGACCAUAUCCUAGCGUGCUAACGGUAGUCUAUGAAGGUCACAAGGACAAAAUCAAUUCUCUCUCGCACCAUCCCGAUGGCCAAUACUUUGCUUCAGCCUCCAACGACGGUUUUGUGAUGGUAUGGGAGGUUUCAACAGGCAGGUGUUGGAAAAAGUGGAAUUUGAAACAACCAGUUUCGUACAUUUCUUGGAACCCGAAUGUGGACUUUCCAAUCAUUGCGGUUGCGGUAGGUUCUGAAGUGAUAUUGAUUGAUCCUAGAUUUGGACCACAGGACAAUCUGCAAUCAGCUGCGAUACAAGAGUUGUUAUUGAAGGGGCGGGAAUUUGCUGCGUCAAAGGGAUCGAAGGAAAAGAACGAACUUGUCAAGUUUGAAGACGUGGCAAGCGCAGAGAAAGAACAAGGUCUUCUUCUCCGGGUCAAGCACGCCAAACCAGUCACUCAAGUGACGUGGCAUCACAAAGGGGACUAUUUCGUCACUUUGUCGCCUCAAGCAAACACAAAAGCUGUACUGAUUCACCAGCUCUCAAAGAUGCAAAGUCAAAAUCCCUUCACCAAAUCCAAAUCUGAUACGCAGAAAGUUUUGUUCCAUCCAAGCAAACCUUUUUUAUUCCUUGCUACUAAGAAGCAUGUGAAAGUGUACAAUCUGCAAAAGCAAAUGUUGAGCAAAAAUCUUCUUGGAGGGUUUAAAUGGCUUUCGUCCUUUGAUAUUCAUCCCGGAGGAGAUAAUGUUGUUUGCUCUGCUUUCGAUCGCAAGAUUUCUUGGUUUGACAUGGACCUGUCGGCGAAGCCUUACAAAACAAUGCGAUACAACAACACGGGACUGAGGACGGUCGCAUUUCACAAGCGAUUGCCACUUUUUGCAGCAGGAGGCGAGGACGGUGUUGCCUACGUGUUCCAUGGCAUGGUUUACAACGACCUCAUGGACAACCCGUUGAUUGUGCCGCUGAAAAGAUUGCAUGCGCACAAGAAUGAUGGAAUGGAUGGAAUACUGGACAUUCUUUUCCAUCCUACUCAGCCCUGGUUGUUUACGUGUGGCAUCGAUCACACCAUUAGAUUGUUCACGGACAAGUAA